CUUUUCGGCACUUUCGAAUGAUUGUGUUUAACACCCUAACGAUUCUGUGAAAGGGGAUUCAUAUUACUGUUGAGCUGACUAAACUCAGUUGUCGGUUAGCGGGUGCAGGUCAAACGAGGAAAGAAAGAAGAGUUCCGGUACAACCAGACGAAAUAUCACUGAUCAUCCAGGCACAGAAACUCAACCAACUGUAGAUGCAAUCUUAAUGCAUUCUGGGAUGAAGGAAUAACCGAUCUUCCCCACCUCGACUCUCACUCAACCGGUGGAACAGCUCCCCGAAACAGCGAGAGAAGCCGGAAAAGCGGAACUCGGGGAGCCCUCAGAACCUCAACCGGUUUCGUCAAAAGACAAAGGAAAAGCACCUAUCCGGGAGGAAGAGGAGGCCGAGUAAGAAGAGAAGAGGAAGGUCAAUCUAUCUUCAUUCACAUGUUUUAUUUUCUCUGUUUGACUCAGAAGGAGGAGAAGACGAAAAAUAAGCUACAGAAGAAGAGGAAGCCGAAGAUACAGAAAGAACCGUCUCCAGCGCACCAAUGGGAAUAGGAGUGUAAGGUAUGCCCCCGAAAGGAUUCUGAUCAUAGUCGUUCAGCGCGUCAAGUUGACACUAUAGCUACAGGCAAGUGUUUAAGGUCGUGAUUUAUCAUUCAAUGGCCUCACAAUUUUCAUUCCCAUGUACAAUACGACAUCGGGGAUUUCACCCGCAGGCUAUACUGUCAAGCAAGGAAGGCGACUGGCGGCUAAUUCGCGUGACGAAAAGCUAGGCUAGGUUUUAUUCCAUCUCUAGUUUCAUCGGAUCAUUCAUAGAUGACAUGCUUCUAAAGACUGCUGCUCAACGGCGUACGGCUGACGACAACGCAAGGCCGUGUACCGAAAAGCUGCCACCCAGUAUAAUGUACCAACGCCUGCCUUAAUUUGACGGACGCGACGAUGAUAGCUACGAAAUGUGCCGAGCCUAUGUCCUUCCCCAUCUAAGGGACAGUGUAGAGCGAACUUACCAGAUUCUUCCCGAAUCUUUUCAGACAAGGAGGGAACAACAUCCCGGUCCGAUGUUGGUUUUCCAACCCGACAGGACAGUCUUCCCAAGCGCCCGACUCAACGAGAAUAUAGCCUCAUAGCUGGCACGGCAAAGCGUAUCGUCCCCUAUCUUUAUAGCACCCCGGACACCCAAUUGAUCGUUCCCCGAUUUACACCCGAAAGCCCUGAGUUCUACCCGAUCAUCCCCAGAUAUAGAUGCGUCACACAAGUAACUCUCUCCUGAUCCGCGACCGUGACCUAAUUUCUUAGGCGGCUUUAUUUGCGUAAAUAAGGAAGGGCAUAUCAAAAGAAUAGAAAGGGACGCCUUUUAAGCUACGAAAAAAGGAAGUGGCAAAGGGUAUUUUUCGUCUUUAUGAUGUAUAGAAUUUAUUUAGGAUUAUACUUUCGGUACUUAUUAAGUUAAGCAUCGAAGGCGGGACUCUUUCCCUAGAUAGAGAGAUGGCCUAAUUCAAAUCACGCCAAGAGAGGUUUAAUCUUCUCCCGUAUCUAUAUAACAUUUUUAUUACUCCUCCAUUCCGCAUUUCCUAAGAGAUGACUCCAAACAUUCUUACCUUUUUAUCCGAGAUGGUCAACGAAAUAUUCACGAUAGUAGGACUAGCUUAUAUCCCCCUUAUAGUUAACAUAAUCUUUCGUGCAGGUCGCCUUCGGGGGUUAACCGACGAAAAUAUGGCCGAAAGGCUGGGAGACCUAUGUUUUGACACCCUCCGAGAGGAGAUUAAAAAACAAAUAGAGGGGUUGCUCCAAAUAGAUUUUCAUAAUGCUCUUGUUCUUCCCCCUGGGAAGAGAAUUCAAGACAUUGCAACCCACCUUCAUCACGAUUCCGAGUCUUUGGAGCAACUCUUGACCAUUUUGAAUAAUCUUACUGAAUUAGGUCUACAAAGUCAAGAGUUUCAACAAAUUAUCCUCUUUCUCUCGCAGUGAAGUCCCGAUGGCAAACUAUAUAUAACAUUUGAAUUUCUCUUACAUUCCACGUUUCCGAAACGGAUCCUAUCAAAUAUUUUACAUUUUCUAUGAUCAUCUCUAUUUUAGGUAUUCGGGGAAUCCUCCUUAAUAGACGAAAUAUUCCUAUUAUGUCAAUGCCAAUUGAAUCAAUGUUAUUAGCUGUUAAUUCGAACUUUUUGGUAUUUUCCGUUUCUUCGGAUGAUAUGAUGGGUCAAUCAUUUGCUUCAUUGGUUUCAACGGUGGCAGCUGCGGAAUCAGCUAUUGGGUUAGCCAUUUUCGUUAUAACUUUCCGAGUCCGAGGGACUAUUGCUGUAGAAUUUAUUAAUAGCAUUCAAGGGUCGGGGCCUUUAUCGCUGGGCGAAUUGAGUUCCACGCAUAUGCAAGCUAGAAAGAUGCUAUUUGCUGCUAUUCCAUCUAUUUGUGCAUUAAGUUCGAAUAAGAUAUCAAUCUAUAAUGAAGAAAUGAUAGUAGCUCGUUGUUUUAUAGGCUUCAUCAUAUUCAGUCGGAAGAGUUUAGGUAAGACUUUCAAAGUAACUCUCGACGGGAGAAUCCAGGCUAUUCAGGAAGAAUCGCAGCAAUUCCCCAAUCCUAACGAAGUAGUUCCUCCGGAAUCUAAUGAACAACAACGAUUACUUAGGAUCAGUUUGCGAAUUUGUGGCACCGUAGUAGAAUCAUUACCAAUGGCACGCUGUGCGCCUAAGUGCGAAAAGACAGUGCAAGCUUUGUUAUGCCGAAACCUAAAUGUUAAGUCAGCAACACUUCCAAAUGCCACUUCUUCCCGUCGCAUCCGUCUUCAGGACGAUCUAGGCACAAAGUUUCACUUAUUAGUUAGGAGGAGAUUUAUCCCCCAGUGUAUCUCGAAAGCAGAAAAAAUAGAACUCAUUCGAGAGAGCUUGGUGGUCUUAAGAAUGGUUCGGGUGGGGGGUUCUCUUAAGAAUAAAUAAGACGAAUAGAAUCUAAUUCAUGUUUAUGCUAACAGAA